UCUAGUUAGUAAUACUGUUCAGUUAUGAGCUUAUUAUGCUCAUCGUCUUUCGUCCAAAGGCAAAACGACAAUGCCGGUUAGACUAUAACAUGAACGGUCAGCUUGUAAAAUACGGAGAGCGCGGCAACCUCCGAUUGCCGAAACGGAGGUUGUGAUUUAUGUUGGCGCCCGUUGGUAUAAUUUAUGGCCGCCUUUAUUCACUCCGUCGCCGCCGCAAGUUCCCCCCUCUCUCCUCAGCUUCACCGCCCCUUCUCUCUCCACCCUCCCAAUCCCCUCUCCGUCUCGCACCCUAAACCCCACCUUCGUACCUCUGCCGUCUCCGCCCAAUUUCUCCUCCCUCCGCCGCUUAAUUCACCGCCUCCACCGCUUUUCUCCGCGGACUACUCCUCCCCUCCACCCGAGCCGUUCCUUUCUCCCCUCGACGGAUGCCUUCAGCUCCUCCGCCUCUCCGUCCGCUACUCCGACGUCGAGCUCGCAAGGGCCUUACACUGCCUCAUCCUCAAACUCGACGCCGACACUCAUCUCUUCAACGCUCUAAUCUCGUCAUACCUCAAGCUCGGGCUUGUCCCCGAUGCCUGCAGGGUGUUCAGGGCCCUCGCGCACCCCAAUGUGGUCUCCUACACGGCACUCAUCUCCGGCCUCGCCAAGUCCGGCAGAGAGCUCGAGGCUGUGAGCCUCUUCUUCAGGAUGCGCAGCUCAGGUAUUGAGCCUAACGAGUACAGCUUCGUCGGAAUUUUGACUGCUUGUAUGCGAAUUCUCGAGCCAGAGCUUGGUUGCCAGAUUCACGCCCUGGUGGUCAAGUCGGGAUUUUUGGAUGGGCUGUUUGUGGCGAAUGCCCUCAUGGCUUUGUACUGUAAGUGUGGGCAGCCAGACACUGUAAUCCAGCUGUUCGAUGAAAUGCCUGUGCGAGACAUUUCCUCGUGGAAUGUUGUCAUAUCGAGCUCGGUGAAGGAACAUAUGCAUAGAAGAGCAAUGGAGUUGUUCCGGGAGAUGCAAUGGAUUGACAAUUUUGAGGUAGAUCAUUUUACGCUCUCGACCCUUUUGGCUUCGUGUACAGAUAGUUUUGAUUUGUGGAGAGGAAGAGAAAUUCACGCCUAUGCUAUUAGGACUGGACUUGAGGGAAGCUUGAGCAUUAGCAAUGCCCUUAUUGCCUUCUAUAGUAAAUGCGGAAGUAUAGAAGACAUUGAGGCAGUAUAUGAUAGGAUGGCGAUAAGGGAUGUUAUCACGUUGACAUCAAUGAUCACAGGGUUUAUGGAGUUCGGGUCGGUUUCUUUGGCCAUGGAAGUGUUCUGUAAGAUGCCUGAGAAGAAUUCCAUUUCCUAUGCAGCAGUUUUAAUGGGCCUAUGUCAAAACAGUGAGGCAGGUAAAGUGCUCAAUUUCUUCAUCAGGAUGGUGGAACGAGGUUUGGAGUUAACCGAACAAGCCUUGAGCAGUGUCCUUAAAGCUUGUGGGUUGCUUACAGACGACAAAAUUAGCAGACAGAUUCAGGGUUUCAUUACAAAGUUUGGUCUCAAGGAAAAUCCUCAUAUUGAAGCGGUCCUGCUCGAUAUGUGCAUGAGGUGUGGAAGAAUGGAAGAUGCAGAGAAGAUGUUUAGUCAUUGGUCAUAUGAGGAAGAUAGCUCCGUUGUCUAUACUUCAAUGAUAUGUGGGCACGCUCGAAAUGGAAACCCCGAUAAGGCAAUAUCUCUUCUUUGCCGUGGUCAUUCGGAAGGAAAGCUAGAGAUAGACGAGGUUGCAUCUGCUUCUGCGCUGGGGGUGUGUGGGACCCUAGGUUUCAGUCAUAUGGGAGAACAAAUCCACUGCCACGCUGUUAAAUCGGGAAUCCUUUCGGAUCUGGAGGUGUCAAAUGGGUUGGUGAGUAUGUAUUCCAAAUGUUGGAACUUGGAGGAAUCGUUUCAGGUCUUCAGCGAAAUGCCAACACGUGAUAUAACUUCAUGGAACUGCUUGCUGUCUGCUCAUAUUCUUCACAGGCAGGGAGACGAGGCUCUCUUUGUGUGGUCAGAAUUGCACAAUUCAGGCAUAAAUCCUGACGAAAUUACAUUCCUUCUGGUUAUUUCAGCUUAUCGGUAUACCAAGACGUGCUUAGUUGAUGAAUGUCAACAGUUGUUCAUGUCCAUGAGGAAACAGUACAUUAUAGAACCUUCAGUAGAGCACUACGAGUCUUUGGUAGGAGUUCUGAGCUUCUGGGGUUACAUUGAAGCUGCGGAGAAAAUUGUGUUGAAUAUGCCCUUCAAGCCCCAACCUCGGAUUUGGCGGGCUCUGCUCGAUGGGUGUAGGAUCCACUCUGAUGCAGCACGUGGUAAACGGGUUGUAAAGCAGUUACUCUCAAUGGACCCGCAGGAUCCUUCCUCAUACGUGCUCAUCUCGAACCUCUACUCUGCAUCAGGAAGAUGGCAUUGUUCUGAAACAGUUAGGGAGGAAAUGAGAGAGAGAGGGUUCCGGAAGCACCCAGCUCGAAGUUGGGUCAUCCAUGAGAACAAAAUCAUUCCCUUCUACACUAGGGACAGGUCUCAUCCCCAGUCAAAAGACAUACACAGUGGGCUCGAGAUUUUAAUCCUCGAAUGCCUAAAAUCUGGGUAUGAGCCGGACACAAGCUUUGCUCUUCAGGAAGUGGAAGAGCACCAGAAGAAGUUUUUCCUAUUCUACCACAGCGCGAAGCUUGCUGCUGCAUUCGGGCUUCUGAUGACUAGGCCCGGAAAGCCUGUAAAGAUUGUGAAGAACAUACUUCUCUGUGGGGACUGCCAUUCUUUCCUGAAACACGCUUCAGCCAUUGUGAAUAGGGAAAUACUGUUGAGGGACUCAUCGGGGUUUCACCAAUUCGUGAACGGGAAGUGCUCGUGCAGAGAUCACUGGUAAUGAUCGUGCUGCUCCUUCGCAAGAUUCUGUAAUAUAUGACGUAUGAAUUUGUGCAUGAAAAUUUUCCUUUUUCCCUUCAAAAGAAUUACAUAACAUAUACCCUAGGAAAGUGAUUGUUCCUUUGAUCUUCGGUUGGUAUUCAUUCUAUAAUUUGGCUGCA